CACACACACACACACAAAAAGAGCGAAAUUCAGCCUUGGCGCUGGAGGAGCGCAGCGCAUCUCCCUGUCCCAGGAGCUCCGGACCUCAAGUGCAUGUCUUGGAUCGGCCUGGCUGCAGAGUCGCGCUUGGGGCUUUUCUGACGUUUCUAGAGGUGAUUUGGCUGUCUCCGAAACUGAGAGGAUCUCUCGGGGGUGUUUCCUCCGGCUGUCAGGGAGGAAUGCGCCUCUGCUGCAGCUCACCGCUUUGCAAAACCGCACCUCCAUUGCGAUCGCCAGCAGCCUGCGCUGCGACCCGCCUUUGCGUUUUUGAUUUUUUAGACAGCCCCCGUGUGUUAAAUUCGAAUGCUUUGACCUUGCUGGAAGUAGAGUGGCCGGGUUUCGGAAGGCAAAGAAGACAACAAAAGGCAAGAAUGGGAGAAGAUCAGUGCAUUAUUCAAUCAAUACAGUGAUCAUCGCUGUCAUUAAUAGAAAAAUAUUAGGAAGGAUUUGCACUGUACGUUUUCGCAUUAUAUCGGAUAUUUUCAAGGGAUAAUAUACAUCAAAGACUCGGAAUUACAUAGGACAAAACGUCGCCUUUUUCCUCCUGCGAAGGCAUUUUUCCAAUUUCUCUGCCGGAUAACAUCAGGAGCUCCAUACCAUGAGCACUAGUGCAGUUCCCUACCAGCAGAACUCCUACAGCACAUCAAGAGGUGCCUCUGUGAUUCAGUGCUAUCGUUGUGGAGAUGUGUGCAAAGGAGAAGUGGUGAGAGUGCAGAGCACCCAUUUCCAUGUGAAGUGCUUCACCUGUGAAGUGUGUGGGUGUGACCUUGCCAGGUCAGGAUUUUUCCAGAAAAAUGGAGAAUACAUCUGCACGUCGGAUUACCAGAGACUCUACGGCACGCGCUGUGACAGUUGUGGAGAUUUCAUCACUGGAGAAGUGGUCUCUGCCCUUGGAAGAACUUAUCACCCAAAGUGCUUUGUCUGCAGUGUGUGCAGGAAACCUUUUCCCAUUGGGGAUCGAGUGACUUUCACUGGAAAAGAAUGUGUUUGCCAGCAGUGCUCUCUCACACUCGUCAACAGCAGUGAGCCGAUCAAGAUUCAUGGACCCAGCCACUGUGCCGGCUGUAAGGAGGAGAUUAAGCAGGGACAAUCACUGCUGGCGUUGGAGAAGCAAUGGCACGUGAGCUGUUUCAAAUGUCAGACGUGUGGUGUGGUGCUGACAGGAGAGUAUAUCAGCAAGGAUGGAGUUCCAUACUGUGAAUCUGACUACCACGCCCAGUUUGGCAUCAAAUGUGAAACCUGUGGCAGAUACAUCAGUGGAAGAGUACUGGAGGCUGGAGGAAAGCACUAUCAUCCAACUUGUGCCCGUUGUGCCCGGUGCCAUCUGAUGUUCACUGAAGGAGAAGAGAUGUACCUAACAGGGUCUGAAGUGUGGCACCCAUUGUGUAAGCAGGCAGCAAGAGCCGAGAGGAAACUCAAGCACAGACGCACAUCUGAAACCUCCAUCUCUCCUCCAGGGUCCAGUAUUGGCUCGCCAAACCGGGUGAUAUGCGCAAAGGUGGAAAAUGAGAUCCUAAAAUACAAGGAUCUCGCCGCACUUCCUAAGGUUAAAACAAUUUAUGAUGUUCAGCGACCUGAUCUCAUUUCCUAUGAACCUUAUCACAGAUACGCCUCAGAUGACAGGCUAGAAAGGCUCAGCUAUGGGGAGUCUCUGGGGACCCUUUCUCCAUAUUCACAGGACAUUUACGACAGUAUGGAUCUGAGACAGAGACGAGCUUCCAGCCCCGGCUACAUCGACUCACCAAGUUACAGUCGGCAUAGAAUGUCUCCCACGGUGCCUCGCUCUCCUCAGAACUAUUACAGAUCUGGCGCUGAAAGUGGCAGGAGUUCUCCAUACUACAGCCAAAUCGAUGUCAGAUCUACCACCCCAACUUCAUACCAAGCUCCCAAACAUUUCCAUGUGCCAGCCUCAGGAGAGUCAAACAUCUACAGGAAACCUCCCAUCUAUAAGAGACAUGACGAUCAUGAUUUUUCAGCAAUGAAAAGCAAGACUAGUGAGGACAUUGUCCAGUCAUCCAAGUAUCCCUCAGCCUAUUCUCCUGACCAUUACUACCAGUCAGAAUGUGACUACUACCAAUACUCGGGAUCCCCGAAAGCCCCCAGAGCACGCAGGUACUCAUCAGGUGGUGAAGAAGAUGGCUGGGACAACAGCCUUCACCGUAUCCAGAGUGGCAUAGGCAGGAUGAUCCUGAAGGAGGAGAUGAAGGCCCGAUCCGGCCCCUAUAUGAAUGACCCAUGGGCCAGUGCUCGCAACUCUCGCAGCGGAAGCAAGGAAACACUGCACAGCAUUGGAUAUGAAACAUCCAUGAAUGGAUCUCCCCGCUCUUAUUACGGAACAGACAAUGACUCCUUUAUCUCCAAAUCAGCCUCUUUGCCUGGAUAUGGGAGGAAUGGCCUCCACAGGCCACAAACAGCUGACUAUUUUCAGUAUGACAGCAGCAAUGCCGUGAACUGGGGAAUGAGAGAGUACAAGGUGUACCCAUAUGAAAUGCUAAUUGUGACCACUAGGGGGCGUAACAGACUACCAAAGGAUGUUGACAGAGCCCGACUGGAGCGUCAUUUGUCUCCAGAGGAGUUCUACCAGGUAUUUGGGAUGAGCAUGGCAGAAUUUGAUCGCCUGGCCUUGUGGAAGAGGAAUGAACUAAAAAAGCAAGCAAGACUAUUCUAAUGAAGAAGCAAUUAAAAGACAUGGCAGCAUCCCCGAGGCAUCUCAGCUUGGAGACUGCAAAGCGUUUUGCUCAGAGCUGAAGGAUUUUUGCCUGACACCAGGAGCAGAGCAAAGUUACUUAUGAGACUGGGCCUCUCCCAAAGCCUCUGGUGCAUUUCGCAAUAAACGCUCACUUGGUUGCAUUUUAAUUUAAUAUAAACUCUCUCCUAAUUUCUCCUUUGUAACUUUAUAUUGCGUUUAUCCUAAAGCAGAAGUAGCCGACUAGCAAGAUGAUAAAGCUUGGCGACUUUUACAACAGGUGCUGUGUACAAAACAGUGCUGCUUUUGAAGUUGUGGAGGCAUGUGCCUAAUGGUCAGUAGAGCAAUGGCUAAGUGAUACAAGGUAAUUAGGAAAUGACUAUCAACAAAUAAUUACUGGAAUUCAGGACAUCAUUUGUUUAGAACACCUCUUUCCAAAUGAGCUGCUGCAUAUGUCAGGCCUUUGGGACAGAGAUACUUCAGUGCUGAUUUGCAUGCCGCUCUGGCCCAUUGUCACUGUUCUCCAUUAGGCAGAGAUCCACAUUGUGCUCUCCACAAGAUAACGGCAGAUUGAUUAUGAUGUUAAAAGCACUUUGGCCAAAUUGUUCUGACCUGGGUGACAUGCUGGCUUCAUGGUGCUAAAGUCCAUGGUUAGACAGAUUAAUUUGCUGCUGUCUAUGAAGGAAGGAUCCACUGGUGCUGACCUUAAUGGCACUAUGGUCAAUAUGUGCUUAUCGUCAUAAUGUCUUUCUUCAUGUUCUGCUUUCUGUAGAUUUUGGAUUCAUUUAUUCUCUUUCCUCCCAGAAUAUCAGGAACAUCAAGCCAUUAGAUGGGUACAGCACAAGAUAAUGGCAGCGCAUUAUGACAAGAUAUCCUACCCAGUUGUAUAAUUUCUAGAAUGUUGUCGAUGAGUUAUUCAGACAUUGAAAUUGGUCCCCUCAACGAGAUAAUGCUCCUGAUAUAUUCGAGUCAACAUUAACAAUUCCCCAAUUCAGAUUGGUCCAAAAUCUAAAAUAUGGCAUGCUUACUGACACCACUGCUUGUUAAAUUAACGUCAAGAGGAAAACGAGUGGAUUUCUGAUUUGAAUGCUGUUCUCACCAGUGCCUUUUGAUAUAUUUUUGGAAUGUUUUCAAAGAGUCAGGAAGCUUUUUUUAUUUCUCUGUAUUUACUGUUCUGGGAUUUAGCAUCCGCACCCAAAGACAAGAAGAAAGAAACCAAUUUUCACUGCAGUGUUUUGAUCGUUGCACAAUAGCAAAUUUUAAGUUACAUGGACAUGGUGUGCACUCAGUAUUACAGCUUCAGAUAAAGACAGAUAAAGAUUACCUCCCUGUGUUGUAAGUACUCAUGGGAGCUGAAAAUAUGUGACCUGUGCUUUGGACUCAAAUCUGUAGCUUCCUUCUUCCAGUGAAGUGGUAGGCUGACCUAGAACGAGCUCCUCCAAAGCUGCUCACUCAGUACGGUUGGCAUGAGUUACUCAGUCUUGCAGCAAAACUUUAAAGGCCACCCACUUAGACAGAUCUGCCCACCCAGAGUCCCUAACAGAAUGCAACUGCUGAGAGAGACAGAUAUCUCCAGUUCUUAGACUACCCCAGUGAGGGGCUUCUGUUUUACUUUAUUUUUAAUGGCUUUUUCUUUGGCUUGAAAGAUGUUACCUUUCUGAUUGUUUGUAGGGUUGCUUUUGAAAAUGACAAUAUGUUUCUUUAACUUAGAAUGUUUAAUAAAGAAUGGAAAUGGCUAAUCCAAUUGGCUUCUUUAGCUCACGUUGGUUAUUGGCCGUAUAACUUUAAGUGUCCAAUGAAUCUGCAGCACAAGGAGACCUUGUCUUCACUAAUAAAAGGUUUUCCAUUGGGGAGUUCUCAUAAACUCUAUUAAGAAGUACACUUUGAUGUCCCUUAACGGAUUUGGAAUUUUUUGGAUGGAAGCACAAAUUGUACAGAUAAUGCAGUUUGCAGGCAAUUUAGACCUUUCCUGUGUUCUGCUUAUCAAGAAGAUAUUUUUAAACUGUACAUUUUGUAAUGGUAUAUAGCAGCCUAGCCACUGUCAGUACUGUAUCAAUAAAAUGACCUAUAUCUUAUAUUUAAAUAAAUGUGUUCUUUUCAUGUCUAAA